GGUAAGCCUGCUUCCUUCUACUGCUCUCUUCAUUUCAGAUUGAUUCUUUGGGCCUAUAAACAAUGGGUCGAGUAAUUCGUGCUCAACGUAAAGGAGCGGGAUCUGUGUUCAGAUCCCAUACGAAAAGGAGGAAAGGAGCACCAAAACUUCGUUCCUUGGAUUUUUCUGAAAGGCAUGGAUAUAUUAAGGGUGUAGUUAAAGACAUCAUCCAUGAUCCUGGCCGUGGUGCUCCUCUAGCUGUUGUUCACUUCCGUGAUCCUUAUAAAUUUAAGACACGCAAGGAAUUAUUUAUUGCACCAGAAGGAAUGUAUACAGGACAAUUCUUGUAUUGCGGAAAGAAAGCAACAUUGCAAAUUGGUAAUGUUAUGCCUGUUGGCACAAUGCCUGAGGGUACUAUUGUUUGCAAUUUGGAAGAAAAAACUGGUGAUAGAGGCCGUUUAGCUAGAGCUUCUGGAAAUUACGCUACUGUUAUUGCUCAUAACCCUGAUACUAAAAAAACUAGAGUAAAAUUACCUUCUGGGGCUAAAAAGGUUAUUCCUUCCAAUAACAGAGCAAUGGUUGGUAUUGUCGCUGGUGGUGGACGUAUCGACAAACCAAUCUUGAAAGCUGGUCGUGCCUACCAUAAAUAUAAGGUCAAGCGUAACUGCUGGCCUAAGGUUCGUGGUGUUGCUAUGAAUCCUGUCGAGCAUCCUCAUGGUGGUGGUAAUCACCAGCAUAUAGGUAAAGCUUCUACAGUCAAACGUGGAACCAGUGCUGGUCGCAAGAUCGGUCUCAUUGCUGCUCGUCGUACUGGUAGAAUAAGAGGAGGAAAAACAGAUACCAAGAAAGACGAUUAAAUUAACAAUACAUUACUACGUCUUGAUAUUUGUUGUACAAUAAAAAACAAAAAGACAAACAAG